UUUACAAUUUCCUUUGUCGCGAAAUUUUGAGCAAAAAAUCACCGUAUUAUCCCUCUUUCAUUUUUCCUCUUUCGCGCUUCUUGCACUUCGCGCAUGGGAAUCCCUCACUCUCACUAAGCAGUUUUAUCUCUCUAAAUCCCCACCUCCGCCGUAGUCGGAAAUACUCACCGCCGAAACUUCCGCAAUUCUCCCCUAAAAAGGCCCUAAUUCUUACUCCGAACAAAACUCCCAAUCUUUCAAAUUCUAGGGCUUCCAUUCCCACCGGAAUUUUCAACAAUGCCGUCUCUCCAAGUUACAGGGAAAAUAAUCCGGCUGGAGCUCGAGAAUUUCAAAUCCUACAAAGGCCACCAAAUCAUCGGCCCGUUCUACGACUUCACGGCUAUAAUCGGGCCCAACGGCGCCGGAAAGUCUAAUUUAAUGGACGCCAUAAGCUUCGUCCUCGGCGUCCGUACCGGGCAGCUCCGUGGUGCUCAGCUGCGCGACCUUAUUUAUGCGUUCGAUGACCGCGAGAAACAGCAGAGGGGGCGUAGGGCGUUCGUCAUGCUCGUUUACCAGCGUGCGGACGGGUCGGAGAUCGAGUUCACUCGGUCAAUCACGCCUGCUGGUAGUAGCGAGUACAGGAUUAAUGACCGUAUGGUGAACUGGGACGAGUACAAUGGGGAGUUGAAGAAUCUUGGUAUCCUUGUUAAAGCUCGGAAUUUCCUUGUUUUUCAGGGAGAUGUGGAGUCUAUUGCUUCGAAAAACCCUAAGGAGCUAACAGCCUUAAUAGAACAAAUAUCUGGCUCUGAAGAAUACAAGAGAUCAUAUGAAGAACUAGAAGUCCAAAAGGCCGAAGCUGAUGAAAAGGCUGUCCUUGCUCAUCAGAAAAAGAAAACCAUUUCAGCGGAGAAAAAGCAGAAGAAGCUGCAGAAGGAGGAGGCUGAAAGGCAUCUCAAAUUGCAAGAGCAACUGAAAUCUUUGAAGCAGGAUAAUUACCUUUGGCAACUAUCAAACAUAGAGAAGGACAUUGAAAAAGCUAAUGAGGACCUUUCUGUUGAAGAGAAUAGUCUAAAAGAAAUUGUGCAUGAAUUGGAAACUUAUGAAGCUGAAUCGAAGAAAAAGAGUAAAGAGCAAGCUGGAUAUUUGAAAGAGAUUCAAUUACGUCGGAGGAAGAUUGCAGAGAAACAGAGUAGACUCGAUAAACAAUCUGAGCUUGUUAAGUUAAAGGAGGAGACAACUCGUAUAAAUUCAAAGAUAAAAUCUACUAAUAAGGAACUGAAUAAGAGGAGAGAAGAGAAAAGGAGACAUGUGGAGGAGAUUGCUAAACUUGAAAAUGACUUGAGGGAUGUGACGAGGCAACUUGAAGACUUGCGUGAGAAAAGCCAGGAUGCUGGUGGAAAGCUUCAACUAGUUGACAGUGAAUUGGAGACAUAUCACCAGAUUAAAGAGGAGGCCGGGAUGAAAACUACGAAGUUAAAAGGUGAAAAAGAGGUUUUAGACAGGCAACAAAAUGCUGAUAUGGAAGCACAAAAGAACUUGGAAGAGAAUGUUCAACAACUGGAAAAUCGAAAACAGGAACUGGAGUUGCAAGAGAAACAAAUGCAAACUAGGCUCAAGAAAAUUCUUGAUGCUGUUGGGAAACACAAAGAAGAACUCAUCAGAGUGCGCAAAGAACAACGUGAGAUGAAGGAUAAGCUUGGAGAAUCUAAGCACAAACAUGAUAUGUUGAAGUUAAAGAUUAACGAUUUAGAUCUUCAGCUACGGGAGUUGAAAGCUGACAGGCAUGAAAAUGAUAGAGAUGCCAGGAUGUCUGAGGCAGUUGAAACCCUUAAACGCCUCUUUCCUGGCGUGCAUGGUCGCAUGACUGAUCUUUGUAGGCCAACACAAAAGAAGUAUAACCUUGCUGUUACUGUUGCUAUGGGAAGAUUCAUGGAUGCUGUAGUGGUUGAGGAUGAACAUACAGGAAAAGAAUGCAUCAAGUAUCUGAAAGAACAGAGGCUUCCGCCACAAACAUUUAUUCCUCUUCUCUCAGUGCGUGUGAAGCCAGUCAUAGAGAAGUUGCGCACUUUGGGUGGAACUGCAAAGCUGGCUUUUGACGUGAUACAAUUCGAUCCUGUGCUGGAAAAAGCUAUUAUAUUUGCUGUUGGAAAUACCUUAGUGUGUGAUGAUCUUGAUGAAGCUAAGCAUCUGAGCUGGACCGGACAGAGAUUCAAAGUUGUCACUACUAAUGGCAUCUUAUUGACCAAAUCGGGUACAAUGACUGGUGGCACAAGUGGUGGAAUGGAAGCACGCUCACAUAAAUGGGAUGACAAGAAAAUUGAGGGGCUUAAGAAGAAAAAAGAAGACCUGGAGUCUGAAUUGGAUAAGCUUGGGUCAAUAAGAGAAAUGCAGCUAAAGGAGUCUGAAGCAUCAGGCAAGAUAAGUGGCCUUGAAAAGAAGAUUCAGUAUACAGAAAUUGAGAAGAAAAGUAUCGAAGACAAACUGAACAAACUGAAGGCGGAGAAACACAAUAUUGAAAAGGAGAUAGGCCCCUUGAAGCCUGAACUCGGAAAGGUUCAAAAAGUUAUUGCCACUAGGGCAUCUAAGAUCCAAUCGCUGGAAAAAAGGAUCAAUGAUAUUGUUGACCUUAUCUACAAGAAAUUCAGUGAGUCUGUUGGUGUAAAGAACAUACGCGAAUAUGAAGAAAACCAUCUUAAGGCUAUUGAGCAGAUGGCUGCAGAUAGAUUCAACUUGCAUAACCAGCAAUCGAAGCUCAAAUACCAAUUGGAGUAUGAGAAGAAACGGGAUGUUGGUUCGCGUAUUGCCAAGCUGGAAUCAACGAUUGCUAACUUAGAAAAUUCGUUGAGAGAUGUAAAGGAAAAGCAGAAAGAACUGGAGUCAGCGGCGGAGACCGCAAAUACUGAGAUUGAAGUUUUAAAUGAACAAGUGCAAGGUUUGAAUUUGAAAGCAGAGGAGUGCGAAAAGGAUAUUCAGGGAUGGAAGAAAAAGAUCUCUGCUGCUACAUCAAAUAUUUCAAAGCAUAAUCGUCAGAUUAAGUCUAAGGAGAGUCUGAUUGAUCAAUUGAGUUUGCGUAAACAAGAGAUACUGGAGAAGUGUGAACUAGAACACAUAGACAUUCCAAUAAUCUCUGACCCUAUGGAUACUGGGUCAUCAGGGCCAGGGCCCGUUAUUGAUUUCAGUACACUGAGUAGAUCACUUCAGCAAAAGGCAAAACCAUCAGAAAGGGAGAAGAUUGAAGCAGAUUUCGCACAGAAAAUUGCUGCAUUGGUGUCUGAAAUUGAAAAAACCGCCCCAAAUUUGAAGGCAUUGGAUCAGUAUGAGGCUGUCUUAGAGAAGGAAAGAGCUGCAUCAAAAGAGUGGGAAGCAGCCAGAGAUGAACAGAAUAAAAUAACUUCUGACUACAACAAAGUUAAGCAAAUGAGGCAUGAAUGCUUCAUGGCAGCUUUUAAUCACAUCUCAAAUAACAUUGACAAGAUAUACAAUGAACUCACAAAGAGCAACACACACUCAGUGGGUGGGGUGAGCAGCUCCCAUGCGGUGGGUGGAACAGCAUAUCUGAACUUGGAGAACCCUGAUGAGCCAUACCUUUAUGGCAUAAAAUACAGUGCUAUGCCACCAACAAAGCGAUAUCGGGAUAUGUCACAACUAUCUGGUGGCGAGAAGACGGUUGCUGCACUUGCUUUGCUCUUUGCCAUCCACAGUUUCAAACCUUCACCCUUUUUCAUAUUGGAUGAAGUGGAUGCUGCGUUAGACAAUCUAAAUGUCGCCAAGGUUGCUAGCUUCAUUCGAGCAAAAUCUUGUGGAGGAGCACGAUUAGAUUGUGAUGUCGACUUUGGAUCUAGUUUCCAGAGCAUCGUGAUAUCUCUUAAGGAUAAUUUUUACGACAAAGCUGAAGCUUUGGUUGGUGUAUAUCGUGAUUCUGACCGAGGGUGCUCACGAACCUUGACGUUCGAUUUAACUAAAUACCGCGAAUCUUGAGAGGAACUCAACACUGCUGCUGCCCUGCAGCUCUUUGUGAAGUCUACACGAUGUUGAAGAAGUAUGUAAUAGAGAAUGUACAUGAUCAGGAUGCUCGUAGUUGUUAAUUGGUAUGUAUUACCACUGUUACCGUUUCUGAAAUUGAUUUGAUCUUUUAAUAAUUGGGAACUUUUCUUAGGUU